UAUGGGAAAUCAUGUAAUUCGUCAAGUGAUAUCAAUCGAUAUUUAUUAUGUACAAGUGAUAAUCUUUGGUCCUGUCGAGCCCAACUGGUGUAUAAUGGAUCAGUUUGUCAAAGUGAUGUUGUCUAUAGUUACACUACAGUAAGCUAUCAACAAGAAUGUCUACAGAAUCAAACAAUGGUAUGGAAUGGAACAAGUUGUUCACCAGUUGUCGUAACAUCACUUACAUGGAACGCCACUGGUAUAACUGUAGCUGGUGUAACUGGCGUUUCUGGCAGCACUCCAGAUAUACUCAAUCGACCUACCGGUUUAAGUAUUGAUUCCAACGGUACACUUUACAUCACAGAUCAAUAUAACUUCAGAGUUCAGAAAUGGCUCAGAGGUGCUACCAAUGGAACAACAGUAGCGGGGCAACCCAACGGUACUAUUGGUAAUGGAUCUUCGUUUUUAAACAUACCUCAGGCUGCUGUCGUCGAUUCCAAUAGAAAUGUUUAUGUGGCAGAUACUUAUAAUCACAGAGUUCAAUUGUGGUCAUAUGAUGCUUCUUUUGGUAUAAUGGUGGCCGGAACAGGUGUUAGCGGUUCCGCAAACAAUCAACUACAUUGCCCUUGGGAUAUAACAAGGGAUUCAACUACUGGCGCAUUGUACAUAGCGGAUAAUUAUAAUCACCGCAUUAUGAGAUACCUUGUCAAUGCAUCGUCGGGUACUGUAGUUGCUGGAGGAAAGGGACCAGGCACAAAUAGUACAUAG